AUGGGUCUCGGAGGGGCGCCGCGCGUCGCGUUCGGGCCGCAGCUUCCCCCGGACGCUCUAGAGGACACAGCGGUCGAGAAGGAGGUACCGUUCAACGGGGACUUGCACGGCGAGCUCGCAGGGCACAAGGGCGCGGUGCUCACCGUGCGAUACAACGCGCAGGGCGCCUACUGCAUCACCGGCGGCCGCGACCGCAGCAUCGUGCUCUGGAACCCCGCCAAGGGGCUCCGGAUCAAGACCUACGAGGCGCACGGGCAGGAGGUGCGCAGCGUCGACUGCUCGCACGACAACGCGCGCCUCGCGAGCUGCGGGCUCGACCGCCAGAUCUUCUACUGGGACGUCGCGACGGCGCGGACGAUCAGGCGGUUCGAGGGGCACGGGCAUGCGGCGAACGCGUGCAGGCUGGCUGCGGAGGGGUACUUGAUCGUGUCAGGGGGGGAGGACAAGGCUGUCAAGAUCUGGGACGCCCGCGCACACGGGUUCCGCCCCGUGCAGCACAUGGAGGCCUUCCGGGACUCGGUGACCUCGGUUGCGGCCCCGGCUUCGCGUCCGGAGAUCGUGGCGGGGUCUGUGGACGGCACGCUGCGCCGCUUCGACGUGCGGGGCGGCAGGGUGGUGACGGACGAGACCGCGGCGCCGAUCGUGUCCGUGGCGGUGUCGCAGGACGGCGAGUGCACGCUGCUGGCGGGCACAGACUCGACGCUGCGGCUCCUGGACCGCGCCACGGGGUCGCUGCUGCAGCACUACAAAGGGCAUCGCAACGACGCUACGAGGAUGGACUGCGCGCUGAGUCCGUCGGAUGCGCACGUGGUGUGCGGGUCGGAGGACGGCCGCGUGCUGGUGUGGGACCUCGUGACGGCGCGGGAGAUGAUGGCGGUGCAGGCGCACGAGGGGGGGGUCACGGCGCUGUGCGUGCACCCGACGGGCGAGGGGAUGCUGACCGCCGGCGCGGACGGCAAGGUGCGCGUGUGGACGUAG